AUGUCUCCCAUUCUGCACACCUUUGUCCUCUUUCUUCACAAAUCCUUGUCACUCAUUACAGGACUGUUCCGCUCGUUCUUCGGUCUUUUUACUGGUGGAAGGCGAGCAACUCAGGAGUCCGAUACACCAGGAACUGAGGGUCAGAGCUUCACUAUCGUUCAACUUGUUUCAUCCCAGAAGCCGAAAGGGUUGAAGCCUUUCGUGCUGCCGCAGAAUGUCGUCCUGCGGCAGCUUGAAGAUGCCAGAUGUAGGACUGCUCAAGGCCAAGAGAUGGCAUCGUCAACGAAUUUCAGUGACCCGGAGCUUGGUCGUUGUAAUGUCGUCAAUCUUCAGGGACCUCCACAACUGUCUCAUCCUCUGUUCGAUCGCCCGGAAUUACCUAUGCCUUCGUUUUCUCCUCCCUCAUCCUAUGCAUUCCCGAAGCAUUCCAAUGAAUAUGUGUUCCGCAGUUCUUGGCCACCUGUCUUGGGCACACAGCUCCAGCUCAGCAAGAACUCGCUUCCCUGCGACGCAGACCUAUCAACGUCCCUGUCAUCUGCUUCCCUCAAAGUAUGGACCAGCUCUCCUCAAGGCAAACAACUUCGCUCGCCCACUCAUCCGAACUGCUCCUAUUCGCCCAGUGCAGGAGAGAAUCGGUUCGCUUCUCCAUUCGGCGACCGAGGCAGCACAUACUUUGCUCCAUACUUCAAGGGUGUCCCGUCUGUCGCUUCUGCAUCUGAUCUACUCGACUUCUCGGUCUAUGCUAGCUCCCCGCGUGUCAACAUGGGUUCCUCCACCAUCGAUGCUUUCGGUGACACCAAGCCGCGGGAGAAACUGAGGGUCAAGAGCUCUACUGUGAUCUACGACCCCGCCAUUCGAGAGGUGUUCAUGCUGCGUCCUAGUUACGGCACGCGUAUUCCGGGGAGUGGAGGACGCAACUUCCGGAAACUCGUUUCGUCCACAUCCUCUUCAUCAUCGGUCUCGUCCGCUUCCGACUGGUCGCCGUCCGGUCUUUUUACAAGUGUGGGUGAACAAACAUCUUCCUCUCCUUGCACGACGCACACAAGAUCGCUCUCGGCUCUCUGUGUCUCCAGUCCUUGCGACCUGUCUGAUGCUGAAAUCGGGGGGAAUCACCCUGGCUCCGUUCCACGAGUCUCUGCCCGGUCUGUGGGAUUUCCUGCGGAGAAGAGCCUCGUUCCAGAUAUCAUAUCCUGCCCUGACGUACCUUGUUCUAUCGUUCGCGCCUCCCCUGGUGAGGACGAAGUCAUCAUUUCUUAA